AUGUCAGAACAUGUCUUUGUUGAAGGUGUUGAGAGUAGAAAGCUGAAACGGAAGAUUGAGGAUGCAUCUUCCAAUGAUGUUGUUGUUGAUUCGAAGUUGUUACUAUCUCUCAAAAUGAGUGAUGAAUCCUCAUCUAAAAGCCCUAAGAAUUCACCAAGUUUUGUUGUUCCAAAACUUGAGGAAAACACUAAUAAUCAACUGAGUAUCCCUACACAACGCCAAUUUUCAUGCAAGUUUUGUGACAAGAAGUUCCCAACCCCUCAAGCUCUUGGAGGACACCAAAAUGCUCACAGGCAUGAAAGAGUGGUUUUAAGGAUGGAUAAAGAAUUUGGCAAGGGAAACUUUGGGCAUGGCCUUCUCAUGUUUCCAUACUCAACCCUAACACAACAACACCAUUAUCAUCAUCAUCCCUUCCAUGGUCCAAUGCCCCUUUAUCAUCACACUACCAUUGCCCCAUUGGCUCACAUGGCCACCAUGGCAUCAUGGCCUCACUUUGCACCAAGAUAUGAGAAUAAGGCGUUCAACAACACAUCCAUCAUAGGGCAACCAUUUGGGGUGGCCAACCCUUGGGGUGUGGCUGCUGAAACGGCACAAAAUAUUUAUCACAGAUAUGUGAGAUUUGCUUCUGAACAGAACCAUCAAUCUUCAUCCUCAAGAGCAGAUUUAUCCCUCAAACUAUAA